AUGAGGGAGAAGAGGAUUGGCGCCUCCCACCUCCCUCUCUCCUCCCGUGAGGCAGUUCCACUUCAUCUUUUUCUCGUCUUCCUCGCCCUCGGCCUCCGCGUCGUUGUUGUAUCCGCCGCGACCUUCCUCGCGUGGCUGUACCGCGCGUUCCUCCGGCGGGGGAUGGACCUGGGCCUGCGAUACGGCGCGUGGGCGGUGGUCACCGGCGCCACCGACGGCAUCGGCCGUGCGUUGGCGCUCGAGCUCGCACGCAGGGGGCUCCACCUUGUCCUCGUCGGCCGAAACCCCGCCAAGCUGUCCCGCGUCAGCAAGGAGGACAAGGAUGUGGCGCCGUCCAAGAGCGUGGUGUUCGACCUCGCAGGCGACGCGACGGAGCUGUCGCUGGGCGCGGCGAUGGUGGCUGUGAAACCCUCGAUUCAAUCCUAUUUAGUGGAGGUGGGGCCCAUUUGUCAGCAGCUGGGCUGGUCCAGUCAGCAGAGCUGA